AUGCCCCGUCUUCCCACCACUUUGCUUGCCCUCGCCGGCAUCAUCACUAUAGCACAUGGAAGCACCAAAUCCACGGUCCAGUAUUCUUUAAGUCGCCCGGAAGUUGCUGUACCGCUCCCCCAAGACCUCUGUGGACUCUCCAUUGAACCAGACAGAUGGCCAGAUUGGGCAGGCAACGGCACCCACAGGAACGAGUUCACUUAUACGUUGCUAAGCAAUCUGAAGGAGAAGACGGGUGUUGCACCAAGGAUCAGAGUCGGUGGUGACACCCAAGACGCAAUCCACUAUGAGCCUAGUCUGACAGGCAGCCCUGGGUUCUACGAUGUUUUCGCACCAAUUCCAACGCCGCUGCCUAUUACCACGGAUCUCUUUCCCGAAGCUACAUUUGUUGGCGCGGGAUCUGACUUUUGGUUAUCCUCCUGCAACUUGCCUGCGGGAACGGCGUUUACCUGGGGCGUCAACUUUUUAACCAAUGCUAGCGAGGGAGUGGCUCAGGUGCGGGAGAUUGAGAGUGCUUUUACGGAUCCUCGGUGCAAAGAUGUCACGCUGUACAAUAUCGAGCUUGGCAAUGAGAUGGAUCUGCAAGAUCUCGGCGACAACUGGGGCCUUUGGGCUUACAAGACACGACAAAUUGACUUUUUCAAUAUGAUCAACAAGGAACUCAAGAACAACGGACGAAAGUAUAGGAUUGGAGAUUUCGCCGAGUACUGGACAAGCGAGCAGCUGCUGGCGACAAAUAUCAUGCAGUCACCGAUGGGAGAAUUUGUCAACUCCAUUUCUGAGCACCACUACCAGAGCGGAAGCCAGUACAACUUGACUUCCCUUGCUGUGUAUGCCGAAAACGCUGAGGACCUUGUUAACAAGGCCAACAUACGCAGCAACCUCGCACGAUACGCUGCAUCGGCCAACUCUGCGCAAAGGGCCGGUAUUCCUUUCGUUCUUGGCGAGACUAACAGUUUCUCUGGGCAUGGCUCUCCAGGGGUCAGCAACGCCGCUGCUCAGGCGCUCUGGAUGAUUGACUAUAGUCUUCAGGCAGCUAGCAUUGGAGCCACGGGGUUGUAUUUUCAUCAGGGUGUUGGCUAUAACUACAGCGCAUGGGAGCCGAUUAACCAUAUCGGAGGUAAUGUCUACGACUAUGAGCCCUCGGCCAAGCGACACGUCAUGCCUCUUUACUAUGGAUAUCUUGCUGUGGCGGAUGCCAUCGGGAACUCAGGAAAUACUUAUAUCAAUGAACUCUGGACUGAUAACGACAACCUUACUGCGUACCAAAUUUGGGAAGGGAAGGACAUCAAACGCAUUAUGCUUCUCAACGAGCAACCAUGGACUGAGCUCUCCGAGGGGACUCGCCCGGUAAUGAACGUCAAUCUCCCAAACCUCGCUGCCACGAAUACCAAGGCAACUUACAAGCGACUGGCGUUUGAGUCACUGAGUGCGUUGUCUGGACUUACAUGGGGUGGUCAGAGCUGGGAAAACUACGAGGGCACGCCUACAGGGAAAGUGAAUUUGGAAAGAGUUGGCUCGGAUGGAUCCAUUUCGAUGAAUGCUAGCUCGGCAGUUCUGAUCUACCUAUAA